UUACUCCGUUGAUGAUUCUGCAUUUUAUUUUUGACAUUUAUCAAACAAAAGUAUUUGCAUAGGUAGAAUUGUAACUAUUAAAGUUUUUGGGGACUAGGGCUUACGGUGCUUAAAUUUCGAAAAAUAGUUAGAAUUGAUUUUUGAUUUGGCUUCAUUGUAACUACUUAAAUUCUUGAAAAUGGAUCGAUUGCUUCGCCUUGGUGGAGGAAUGCCCGGUUUGAGUCAAGCGCCGCCCCCAUCAGAUGCUCCAGUGGUAGAUACUGCAGAGCAGGUCUACAUAUCUUCGUUGGCUCUCUUGAAAAUGCUAAAACAUGGUCGGGCGGGCGUACCUAUGGAGGUUAUGGGUCUUAUGUUGGGAGAAUUUGUCGAUGAUUAUACGGUACGAGUAAUAGACGUUUUUGCCAUGCCCCAGACUGGUACCGGUGUUAGUGUUGAAGCAGUAGAUCCGGUAUUUCAAGCAAAAAUGUUGGACAUGCUGCGGCAAACUGGAAGACCAGAAAUGGUCGUGGGUUGGUACCACUCUCACCCUGGAUUUGGUUGUUGGUUAUCUGGGGUCGAUAUUAACACCCAGCAAUCUUUUGAAGCUCUCUCUGAAAGAGCUGUGGCAGUUGUAGUUGAUCCAAUUCAAUCAGUUAAAGGAAAGGUUGUGAUUGAUGCAUUUCGUCUUAUAAAUCCAAAUAUGAUGGUUUUGGGCCAGGAACCCAGACAAACAACUUCUAAUUUGGGACACCUUCAGAAACCAUCAGUACAAGCUUUAAUUCAUGGCUUAAAUAGACAUUACUAUUCUAUAAGUAUUAAUUAUAGAAAAAAUGAGCUGGAACAGAAAAUGUUACUUAACUUGCACAAAAAGUCAUGGAUGGAUGGUCUCACUUUGGCCGAUUACUCCGAGAAUUGUAGUGUAAACGAGAAAACUGUGGGUGAAAUGUUGGAACUGGCAAAGAAUUAUAACAAGGCGCUUGAAGAAGAAGAAAAGAUGACUCCUGAACAACUGGCCAUAAAGAAUGUCGGCAAACAAGAUCCGAAAAGGCACUUGGAAGAAAAAGUUGAUGUUUUGAUGACUAAUAACAUUGUGCAGUGUUUGGGUGCUAUGUUGGACACAGUUGUAUUUAAAUGAUCUAUUUUAUUAUGGGGUGUGUUUGUACUAUGAUUGUGUUUAACAUUUAAGGUAUUUUUCAAUAAAUUCUUUGUUUCCUUA